AUGUCGUGCCAUAAACGCAUCACCGUACAAUUCGCUGGUGGUUGCGAGUUGCUCUUCGAUAAACAGACUGUGUUACGUCUAGAUGAUGUUGUCCCACACGAGACAACAAUUAAUGGAUUGGUUCAACUUUUGAAGGAAAGAUACGUGAAGGAAAGACCUGAUCUCUUUGUUGAUCAUUCAGGAAAAACACUUCGUCCAGGCAUUCUUACCCUUGUGAAUUCCUGUGAUGCAGAGGUUGUGGGUGGAUUGGAUUAUGUACUGAAUGAGGGAGACGUGGUUGAGUUCAUUUCAACCUUACACGGUGGGUAA